AUGGUUGUCGACACCGCUUAUUAUGACACCUUGGGUGUCCAGCCCACGGCGACAGAGCUCGAGAUCAAGAAGGCUUAUCGAAAACUCGCCAUCAUCCACCACCCAGACAAGAACCCCAACGACCCCACUGCGCACGAGAAGUUCCAGUCCAUCGGCGAGGCAUACCAAGUCCUGUCCGAUAAAGACCUCCGCGCGGCGUACGACAAGUAUGGAAAGGAUCAUGCCAAACCCCAGGAGGGUUUCGCCGACCCGGCCGAGUUUUUCAGCAAUAUCUUUGGUGGCGAAGCGUUUGUCGACUGGAUUGGCGAGAUUAGUCUCAUGAAGGAUCUUACCGCAACCAUGGAUAUCGCCAUGCAAGAGGAGGAGCAGAAACUAGACGGUGACGCCGCAAAGGAAAAUAUCAAGGGCGAGGCGGAGUUCCCCGGCACCGAAGAGGCUAUCAAGGAGAGUCUGAAGUCUGAUGAAAAGGCUCAGGCUAGCACAACCACCACAGCGGCCCCCCCGCCCACCGUAGUCGUGGACGAGGCCGAAACGAAGAAAGACAGUGCCGCCCCCCCACGAUAUGAAGCGGCUUCACCCGCUCCAUCUGCCUCAUCUACGCCCGGCACCCACACCCCUCGAAGCACCCAGAUCCCAUUAAGACCAGCCCUGACCGAUAAGUCUCACGAGGACCUCCAAGCAUCAGCGGAGGCUGAUCCGGAGGACCCCAACCAGAAGAAGAAGGCUGGUCUCACCAAGGAGCAGCGCGAGCAGCUGGCAGCUUACGAGAAGGAGCGCGCUAGGAUUCGACAGGAGCGUGUCGACACCCUCGUACGAAAGCUGAUCGACCGUCUCAGCGUCUGGACUGAGACUGACAAGAGCGCCGAUGUGACCAGAGCCUUCCAGGAGAAGACGCGCCUCGAGGUUGAGAAUCUCAAGAUGGAGUCCUUUGGAAUUGACAUCCUCCACGCGAUUGGACAGACUUAUGUCUCAAAAGCUUCUACACUGCUCCGCAGCCAGAAAUUCCUCGGUAUCGGGGGUUUCUUUAGCAAACUCCGCGACAAGGGCAACAUGGUAAAGGAAACGUGGAACACCAUUACUAGCGCUAUUGACGCUCAACAAACCAUGGAGCAGAUGGCCCGCAUGGAGGAGCAGGGCGGCGAGGACUGGAACGACGAGAAGAGGGCCGAGUACGAGCGCCGUGUCACCGGGAAGAUUCUCACAGCUGCCUGGCGGGGAAGCAAGUUCGAGAUCCAGGGCGUCCUACGGGAAGUGUGCGACGUUGUGCUCAACGACAAGAAGGUUCCGCUCAACAAGCGCCUGGAGCGUGCGCAGGCCCUGGUCUUGAUUGGCGAUAUCUUCAACAAGGCUGCGCGCUCACCUGAGGAGGAGGGCGACUACCUCAUCUUCGAGCAGCUUGUCGCCGAAGCGGCAAUCAAGAAAGACAAGAACGAGGAGAAGAAGAGGAAGAAGGACAAGAAGGACGGAUACUCCGCGGCCGCGGCCGCUUCUUCAACCUCAGCCUCUGCUGCCGCCACCUCGUCCGUUUAG